CAUGGCUUCCUGUAUAGUAAUAAAAAGUAAUUCAUGUCUUCUAGAAUUCUGCUCAAGCAUUAAUCACAGAAUGUUAUUUUAGACACCCUCUAAAUCCAUCGACUGAAAACAUUAUUCACUCUUCCACCGAAAUAAGUUCUCCAGGGGGAGAUGGCUGUGCCGAACGCCCAUGCCCAGCGUGUCCUGUCCUCUCUCAACCAGCAGAGGGGGCUGGGCAGGUUCUGCGACGCAAUGUUGAGCCUGGGGAGUGGGCAGGUGUACCUGGCUCACCGUAACGUUUUGGCAUGCUUCAGUCAGCUCUUUCAGAACUCUUACACAACUACCACGCCAUGCAUGGAGGUUUGUCUCCCGGAGGAGUGCCCGACGGACGGGCUGGAGGUGCUGCUGGACUUUGUGUACACAGGGGAGCUUAAGCUGGACUCUGUCAACCUGGAAAAAGUGCGGAGCGCCGCCCUCAGCUUGUCGGUGCCAGAUGCGCUGCACCUCUGCCAGGAGUUCACCAGCCAGCAGAGCCUUCCAAGGGGACCCAAAAUCGAAGAGCUUGUGACGGGGGAUGUCGACAGCUCGUUGCUCCACGCUUCCCAGGUUACCCAGGACACUUCCAGCAACGAGACGCCAGCUAAAGCGAAGCCCAAACCCAGACUCGUUCCCAAAACCAGGGCUAAAGCCACUAGUGAAACUCCCAAACAGACUGCCCCCGUUGCCGCAACCACGACCACACGUUCUGGCCGCACGGUCAAGGGACCCAGCCGCCUGCUGAGGGAGAGCCCCACCCCGCCGCAUACCCCACGGGGAGGUGCGACCAGGAAGGCAGAACCCGGAGCCCUGGAGGACGGGAAGGGUGGAGCUGAGGAAGGGGCGGGACGCAGUGUUGGACCCGUGAAUGAAUCAGAGGUGGGCGGGCCAGGGGAGCUGGCCAAUGAAAACGAGGAAGAGGAAGGCGGCGAGGCAGAGGGGCCGCAGGAGGACACUGAUGAAGAGUACCUGCCCCACGCCCUUCCCGCCACCACCACGGGCCCCCAGCGAGGCAAACGCAGGGGCCGCGGGAAAGCCGUCAACAAGGAGAAUGGCGAGGGGGCCAAGAGGAACUCGGUCCAGUGUCCCACCUGCCACAAGACCUUCCUCAGCAAGUACUACCUCAAAGUGCACAACCGGCGUCACACUGGGGAAAAGCCCUUUGAGUGCUCCAAGUGUGGGAAAUGCUACUACAGGAAGGAGAACCUGCUGGAGCAUGAGGCGCGGAACUGCCUGAGCCGGGCAGAGGUGGUGUUCUCGUGUUCCAUGUGUCCCAUGACCUUUCGGCGGCGGUUGGAGCUGCGCCUGCACACUGUCACCCACACGGGCGAGAUGCCCAAUAAGUGUACUUCCUGCCCUGAACAGUUCAUGCAGAAAAAAGACCUGAAGAUCCAUCUAAUCAAAGUCCAUGGGGCCCCCAAACCACACGCGUGCUCGCUGUGCCCCAAGUGCUUCCUGUCUCGCACGGAGCUGCGUCUGCACGAAGCCUCCAAGCACCGCGGGGAGAAGCUGUUCGUGUGCGAGGAGUGUGGCCACCGCGCCUCCAGCCGCAAUGGGCUGCAGAUGCACAUCAAAGCCAUCCACAGGAACGAGCGGCCAUUUGUGUGCCAGUUCUGUAACCACGCCUUUACCCAGAAGGCCAACCUGAACAUGCACCUGCGUACACACACCGGGGAGAAACCCUUCCAAUGCCACCUCUGUGGCAAGACCUUCCGGACACAAGCCAGCCUGGACAAGCACCACCGCACCCACACAGGGGAGCGGCCCUUCCGCUGCGAGUUCUGCGACCAGCGCUUCACGGAGAAGGGCCCGCUCCUCCGCCACGUGGCCAGCAAGCACCAGGAGGGCCGGCCGCACUACUGCCACAUUUGCAGCAAGACCUUCAAGGCCAUUGAGCAGCUCCGGGUCCACGUCCGCCGGCACAAAGGCAUGCGCAAGUUUGAGUGCACAGAGUGUGGGUACAAGUUCACUAGACAGGCCCACCUGCGACGGCACUCCCAGAUCCACAACCGCGUGGAGAACUACAACCCGCGGCAGCGGCGCCUGCGCAACCUGGUGGUGGAGGACGAGAAGGCGGCCGCGCCCUCGCUGCCCGCCGAGGGGGAGGGCCCGGCGCCGGGCGACAUCAUCAGCGUCAUGAUCCAGCCCGGCGCCAUCAUGGUGGAGGAGGUGGUGUCUACCCAGGGGGCGGGGCCCGGGGACGAGGAGGAGGGGCCGGGCUUCACGGUGGCCGACGUGAUGGAGCAGACGCUGCUGGUGACCGGGGCGUACCCCAUCCACUCCGCCGUGGUGACGGAGGAGCUGGUGGAGGGCGGGGCCGAGGACAAGGCCUGAGGACUGGCGUUACCCGCUGCGUUCCGCAAUGCGGCGGCGCAUUGGGGAUGCGGCUUUUAUCACUCGACUACAUGUUGGCCUGU